AUGGAAAAGCUAUAUAUUGAACAGAUCACUAAAUAAUAGGAGGAAAUCGAUGAGCAGUUGAAACAGGCUCAAAAUUAGCAAUGUAGAGAUUGAGAUCAAUUUAGAUGUCGAAUACGUCUCAUCUAAGUUGGAUGACAUCCUUAAAUUUCAAUAGUAGGAGAAUUCAAAUUUGCAAUCAUCGAAGCAAUUGACUUUGCCAGUCGAAGAACUUGUGGGAUUAGCGAAGGAAUUGGAUGCGAGAUUCCAGAGGUCCAUUAGGUAGCUUCAGAUUAAGUAGGUACGAAUUGAGGAGUAAAUGAGAGGACCAAUUAGAGAUUGAGUAGAAUCAGUGGAAGAAUCAAUUGAGAGAGAAGGAGUAGCAGCAGUUGUUGUAGUUGGAGUAGGAGAAGAGUCAGAUCGAUAAGUAAUUCAAGGAGAGAUUGAGGACUAUUCAUAUGAAAUGA